AUCCACUAGUGUAAGUCAUACCAACAAGAAAACAGAAAUAGCAUAGCAAACAACAUGAUUGUAAAGCUCCUGAUUUCCCUCGCAGUCAUCAGUCUGGCCGCCAUUUUGGCUGAGGCCCUUAUUCCUAAGAAACCUAAGUCCUUCGGAAGUCAGUUUUUGACUCAGACUCUCAGACGAGGAGCGAGGGGGAGGGGGCGUAGACCCUCCGGUCCCCCACAAUGUGAGGCUUCCGGUCACGCCGAGAUUGUCAAACCCGAGGACUUCAUCACCCCACACUGGAAUCCAGAACAAGAAAGAAGAGUCAUGGAAAGUGUCAGAACAAACGCUGAGGAAUGGAACAGGCUGCAGGCCUUUAAUCAAUACUACAACCCACUGGACUACAGCGAAUACGGGUACUUUAAGCACGACAAGCACGAGUUUGGGUGUAAGGACGUGUGUAUUCAGAAGAGAGUUCCCGUCCUGGGGGCCUACCUCACUAUUGAGGACCACAACGGGAUGAACGGCACCUACCGCUGUUAUGUGGCGCCCACCCAGAGACUGUGGUACACCACAUGUGGAGAAAAACUCCCGGCACUGACUGUGAAGAUGUCCCCCUCCUACCAGUGUCUCCCUGAUAUGAUUCAGGAGAGAGAGGUUAUCAUGUACUGCCCCGACAUCGUCCCCCAGUGUAGGACCAGGACCUUCGCCCUCCCCCAGACCUGUAGUCUACAAGAAGUCAAGUGUCUCAACACCAUGCCCAAAAAAUUCAACCCAUUCCUGAAAUUGCAAGGCUAAAGCGUCAUGAAGACCAUACAACUUUACUAACCAUUUCCAUUUUUUUGUACUUUGGAGAAAAGUCUAAGUUUUGAAAUUGAAGAUUAAUUGCUUGGUUCCCUGAGUUUUGUCUUUUGAUAUGAGAAUAAGAAAAUAAGUUAUUUUUUUAAUUCUAAAAAUGAAUAUAAUAUAGUUUUUAUAUAUACAUGUCUCAUAAUACUAUUGAAAAUGUUAUAUUCCAGCAUCAAUUUGUGAUGUGAUUAUCUGUGAUAAUAGGGAUUUCAAAUAAUUGUUAUAACUUGUUUAUGUUUUUAUGUUUGUUGUUGAGGUAGAAUUUAUGUUCACGUUUCUCAGUGUAUAUUCCUUAUUGGAAAUGAUAUCUUGUACCUCAAACAUUUAAAAUCCAAUGUUGCCAAAUCAUCGCCUGUAUAUGUAUAUCAUUAAUCAUUCAGUGUGUGCUAUUUGUAUGCAAGUGCCCAACGUGAGAGAAUUAUUUCUUAUGUGCAAUAUUUUUUAUGGAAUAAAUAUCUUUUGCUAUU